UUGAAUAUUAUAGUGACCAAUACCAAUGGCUUAUUAGUUUUUCACGUACGUUGUAUCAACUUGUAUGCUUGUAUCGGCGUAUUAAAAAUUUAUAAUUCGAGUCUUGAGCUUUAUUUAUAAUAUUGUUAAUAAAGUUUUAAUUCUUUAAUUUAUCGUUGUACAUCGCUGAACAUCUGUUAAUAAAUUACUGAAAAAAAUGAGUUCCCCGUACCAAGGGGCAUUGACAUGUGUUACAUGUCAAAUUGUGUUUGAAAAUGGUGAUACACAUCGUGUACACUAUAAAACAGACUGGCAUCGUUAUAAUCUAAAAAGGAAAAUCAUUAAUCUGCUUCCUGUUGACCGGCCCACAUUUGAAUCCCGAAUACUGAGUCAACAGAUCAAGGAAAAUGAAGAAAAUACUAAGAGUUCGAUUUAUUGCACCAUUUGUAGGAAAUCCUAUAAUUCACAAAAGUCUUUCGAUAGCCACUUAUCUUCUAAGCAGCAUAAAACUUUAGCGUUGCAAUCAGACAAUGAACAUAAAGAUAUUGGUGUACCAGCUGCCAAAAAAAUAGUUAAAGCAGCUGAGAAUAAACCUGUUGAAGAGAGUGAUGAUGAGUAUGAGGAUGUGGAUGACGACGAAGAAUGGGGUGAAGUAGUCAGUGACAACAAUCCCAUAGUCAACAAUAUAUGUUUAUUCUGUCCCCAGGGCAGUGAAAACUUAUUGCAAAAUAUUAAACACAUGUCUGAUAUUCAUUCAUUUUUCAUUCCUGAUGUUGAGUAUCUGGUCGAUAUGAAAGGAUUAUUGGUAUAUUUAGGCGAGAAGGUAUGUCAAGGAUUUAUGUGUUUAUGGUGUAAUGAAUCUGGAAAAAAUUUCCAUUCUAUGGAGUCUGCACAAGCACACAUGAUUGAUAAAGGUCAUACUAAAAUGAUUCAUGAAGGUGAAGCACUACUUGAAUACUCAGACUUUUAUGACUAUUCAUCUAGUUAUCCAGCAGACACAUCUGUAGAUGAUUAUCGUAUUAUUGAAGAUGCUACCUCUCAAUUAAUUCUUCCUUCUGGAGCUAGAAUUGGAAAACGAUCAUUAAUGCGAUACUACAGGCAAAAUUUGAAUCCAAAUCACGAUUGGGAAGCCAUGAAGGAAACAAAGCUGAACAAAGUUAUCAAUCAUUACAGACAUAUUGGAUGGACAGGAACUUUCCCUGCUGCUGCUGCUAGGAAAGCCAGAGAUUUGAAAGUUAUGAAGCAAGUCCAAACAAAAAUGUACAUGCAAUUAGGAGUUAAAGCCAACAAGUUCCAAAAGCAUUUCCGCCAGCAAGUCAAUUUUUAGAUUUGAUUUUAUAUUUUUCAAAAUACUUUAUACAAGUUGUUUUUUUAUAAAUAGCAUUAAAAUAUUAUUUUUUUUGCUGAUUUUAAAAUAAAUUAACCACAAUUAAUGAUUA